UCGACAUAAUAGCAACGAGGAGCGAGGCAGAAUUGCUUUGUCUUGUCGUUGAUCAAUGGUGUACUAUUCCAUAUAAAGAUUGCUACUAACAAUUGUAUCCUAACGCCAUAAAAUGCGCCCUGUCUCACAGGCUAUGUAUAUAUACGGGUAUUGCGUUUUUGUUCAUUUGUUCCGGUUCAGUUUCGCUGCUGCAACCUCUUUGGCUCGCAGGCAGCAGCACACUUUGCUCCCAUCGUCCUGUCGCUUUUCGCUUGCUGUCUCCCUGUAUAUGGUAUCCAAGAAUGAUGUUCUCUGCAAAUCUUGUGGUAUGUGCAAGGGACAGAGUGAGUGGCAGGCAAAACAAUAUCCCGUAUGAGACCUAGGUUGGAAUGGCAACCAUCCCUUCAGGUCUCAGAGGUUCCCCUUACUGACACCCGUUCAUGCAUGC